UCACACCUCACACUGCAAAUCACCGGGGAACUUCCUGCAUGGAUGAGGUGUUUCUUUUCUCUCAUUCUUUUCUGAUAUUUGUCGCUUUUACUCAGUUGUUCAAACGCCUGUUGGUGAUUCUAACACUGACUGUAUCGAGUUUUCUGAAUGAAAGCUGAAGUUAUUGUGAAGAGAUUUUAGAGACACUAAGUCUAAAAUUAGCUCGUGAGUUCAGCCCUGCUCGGAAAUUCCGUCCUAUCCUGUGGAAUGUGUGGAAAUAUCCAAUUAGCUCUGUGGGUUAAUUACAACCAUGAAUAAACCAUUAACUGCGCCCCCGCGGGAGACGGCGCGCUCUGAUUGGACGGUCCCAACCGGACCUCACUUAAAUACGAGCUGUGGACGGAGUGAAGACAGACCGGAGCCGGACCAAGACUGAGACCAGGACAACAGCAUCCUCCUCCUCCUCCUCCUCACACUGAGACAUCAUGCUGCCCGGCUCCUCUCUGCUCCUGCUCCUCAUCCUCGGCACCGCCGCCUGCUUCGAGCUGCUGCCGGAGGAGGCAGCUCCCCGCCGGGCUCGGUUCUCCGCAAACAGCCCGACUGAUGUGGCCAGAUGUUUGAACGGGGCCGUGGCCGUCGGCUGCGGCUUCUUCUCCUGUCUGGAAAACUCAACCUGUGACACGGAUGGGAUGCAUGAAAUCUGUGAACUCUUCCUCCACACAGCUGCUACCUUCAACACAGAGGGUAAAACAUUUGUCAAGAAGAGUCUGCACUGCAUCUCCCAGGGAAUCACAGCCAAGGUUUUCCAAACUAUCCGCCGCUGCAACAUCUUCCAGAGGAUGAUCGCUGAGGUGCAAGAAGAGUGUUACACCAGCCUGGACAUCUGCACCGUGGCUCGUACCAACCCUGACGCCAUCGGAGAGGUGGUGCAGGUGCCGACUCACUUCCCCAACAGAUACUACAGCACUCUGCUGCAGACCCUGCAGGCCUGUGACGAGCAGACGGUGGCGGCGGUGAGGGCCGGCCUCAUCGCCAGGUUGGGCCCCGACAUGGAGACGUUCCUCCAGCUCGUCCAGAACAAACCCUGCGCCACCGGCUCCGGCUCCACCGCCUUCAACAACCCGUCCAGCUGGAGAAACAUGCCCGUGUUCAACAUUCAGCCGGGCUUCAGAGGCCGAGACCCCACCCACCUGUUCGCCAGGAGAUCUGUGGACGACAGCGAGGGAGAGGUCAAAGCUGAGAAGUAGAUAAACACUCGCUCACAAUCGCACACAGUCACAUGCAAUCCUGAAUAUUGUUUAUAUGCACACUGAUACAAGCACACAGCUUUCUCCUCAGAUUAUGUCUCACUAUGAUUGAAGAGCGUUAGGUGGUGAUUUGGGUCAAAGAAUCUUUUAUUGUGUUGUUAUUGUGGAGAUUUGCUCAGUCCAUCGACAGACCUGAUGUAACUGAGCAGGAUGUGUUAGAGACAUUUGAAAAGAGGCCGAUUACAGUGAUUGAUAUUUAUUUUCUUAAACAAGUUAAUUUAUGAAGCUGUUCUAUUUAAUGUAGAGUGAGGAUGAGAAGAGGCUGUGGAGGUCACUGGACGCUCUCACGCUGGUCGUGGAGCUCUUUGUGACUCCUGUAAAAAUGGCACAUUUUGCUGGUCUGAGAUCACUUUGUUAAAGUUGUUUGUGAUGUUUAAACUGGAGGUUACUGUGGUUGUGAGAUGGUGACUGAAGUCUGGAGGCCGACUCGGCUGUUUGUGGUGGAAAUAAAGGACGAGAUGAUUCA